AUGGCGUCGCGGUCAUAUUUGACAUGGAGCGUUCCUAAAUUGAGGGCUGAAUUGGCAACAAAAGGUGCAAGUGUUGGCGGGAGAAAAACAGAACUUAUUGAAAGAUUGAAAGCAUAUGACAGAAACAGAGAUUUUCAACCCCCUCCGCUAGAAAGUGUCCCUACCCCUGUAUCUGUGGGCUGGCCAGUGUCUGGCUACCAACAGCUCCAGAAAGAACAUAAAGUUUUCCUGCCAAAAAUAACUACGGAGCAGAUAAACCAAUAUUUUGUUUACAGAAUAGCAGGUGAUAAGCAGUUUACGAAAGACAUUAAGGCAGUGUCCAAGGGUUCUGCAAUGUUCCAAGGGAAUAGAGUGCAGGCAUGCUCUGUUGUUGUGAAAGAAAAUGACAUCUACUUUACGGGGAUUGUUGGUGCUGCGAUGAAAAAUAAGGUUUCUUAUAACUAUAAACUGAAAAUGGACAAAAGGACAGGAGAUGCCAUAAAUAGUGACUGCGAGUGUCCGGCAGGAAAAGGACCCCAUGGGACCUGUAAGCACCUAGCUGCUGUCAUGCUCAUGCUGCAGCAUUUUACAGAGACAGGGAAUGUUGCUGUUGAUAAAAGUUGUACUGAAAAUCUGCAGCUUUUCCACAAACCAAAGGCAACUUACCAUGGUGUCCCAGUGGAGGCAGAAAGUAUUCCAUCAAAGAGAAAACUGUCUGACGAAUCUUUGGAGGAUCCACGGCCAGCAAAAUUCAGAAAAAUGCCAGGUUACCAAGAUUAUGUUCAGAGUCAGCUUAUCAAUUACUGCUCUAUGACAUCACAAGAUAUUGCACUCAGAUAUCUCUUUAAAAAGGCCGAUAUACAGGUUGAAGCUGUUGAUCAUCAUUAUACUAGUAUACCUAUUACAGAGUACUGGGUGGAUGAAGCAAACAAGUAUGAUAAUCUGCUAAACUCUGAAAGAUGA